CUUCUUUUUAGUCUGUUGAAUCUGAAAUUAGGAGAGAGAGAGAGGAGAGUGAUGGAAGAAGCACUGUUGGUGGAAGAGGACAAAGAGAAGAGGAGAGUAGUGGAGUCAAGAAGAUGGGAGGUGUACGUGGCAGAAGUGAAGAAGGUAGGUUGGAUAGUGAUGCCAAUGGUAGUGGUGACUGUGUCUCAGUACCUGUUGCAGGUUGUAUCAAUGAGUAUGGCAGGCCAUCUCGGAGAAGUCUCCCUUUCUAGCGCCGCAAUCGCCUCCUCUUUCACCAAUGUUACAGGCUUCAGCCUCCUGUUUGGAAUGGCUGGUGCAUUGGAAACUCUAUGCGGCCAAGCUUAUGGUGCAGAGCAAUAUCAAAAGCUUGGAAUCUAUACUUAUGCUUCCAUUGUCUCUCUCAUUCUUGUUUGUCUACCUGUAUCUCUUCUGUGGAUUUUCAUGGACAAACUGCUAGUAAGUAUUGGGCAAGACCCUUUAAUCUCACACCAAGCCGGCAAGUAUGCAAUGUGGCUCAUCCCUGCACUGUUUCCCUAUGCCAUUCUUCAAUCGUUAGUCCGAUACCUACAGACUCAGAGCUUGAUUCUUCCAAUGCUGUUAUGCUCGGUUGUAACUUUAUGUUUCCACGUACCUCUUUGUUGGGCUCUAGUAUUUAAGUCGAAUAUGGGAAAUACUGGAGCUGCACUUGCAAUUGGUUUAUCAUAUUGGUUGAAUGUGAUCUUGCUCGGAUUUUACUUGAAGGGUUCACCGGUCUCUGAAAAGACUGGCCUCUCCUUCUCAAAAGAUGUUUUUCGAAGUAUUGGACAGUUCUUCCGCUUUGCUGUCCCUUCUGCAGUAAUGGUUUGUCUUGAAUGGUGGUCUUAUGAGGUUCUCAUAUUGUUGUCUGGACUUCUACCAAAUGCCAAACUUGAGACUUCAGUUCUUUCUAUAUGCCUCACAACUGCUUCGUUGCACUAUUACAUACCAUACUCCUUUGGCACUGCUGCAAGUACUCGAGUUUCAAAUGAGGUAGGAGCUGGGAAUCCACAGGCAGCUCGACUGGCUGUUUGGGCUGUAAUGGUUCUUGAAGCUGCAGAGGCAACAAUUGCUGCCACUACUUUGUUCUGUUGCCGCAAUAUUCUGGGACAUGCAUACAGUGACGAUAAAGAAGUUGUGGACUACGUCAAAGACAUGACUCCUCUUCUUUGUCUCUCAAUCUUCAUGGACAGCUUUCAAGCAGUUCUUUCUGGGGUUGCGAGAGGAAGUGGGUGGCAACAUAUAGGGGCUUAUGUGAAUCUCGGAGCAUUUUAUCUGGUUGCAAUGCCGGUAGCUCUUAUACUGGGUUUUGUUUUACAUUUGGGUGGAAAGGGCAUUUGGAUGGGAUUGACAACAGGGCCUACCAUGCAAUUCAUCCUGCUUUCUAUUAUAACGAGUUUAACAGAUUGGCAAAAACAGGCAACAAAGGCAAGGGAAAGGGUGUUGACGGAGAAAUGUCCAGCUCUCAAUGAAUCCAAUUGAAUGAAGAAAUGUUUCUGAGAUGUUGUUUUUCAUACACCAAAUGAGUUGGACAUUGUAAUUGCAAUAAAGUUGAGAAUUUUUGUUACGAAAGCUUCACACUCUGAUAAUUGCCUCUUAACACUCUGAUAAUUGCCUCUUAAUUGCUAUGUAUAUUUGCUCUUACUAAAUGUACAAUACUGUAGAAAGUAUUUUGUUUUGGCUUGUUUUGCAGUUUAAUUUAGUGUCAUUUCCACAAUUGAGAACUAAAUACAGUACUUGAUUAAUCAAAUUGUCCAUUUUGAUUAGUGAUCAAGGAGAAUUAGAAGAAAAAAUAAACACUGCGAAUUGAUCCACUUGAUUGUUCGAACCACUCACAACGGAGGAAGGAAAAAAAAAAGUGGGUUUAUUUUCUUUUGCUCUGUUUUUCCUUGUUUCUUUGGUUUUUUAACUUUUUCCCUUCCAAAUUCUCAGCAAGAAAGUGGAACAUCACACUCACACAUACACAUAUUCUGCAGGAAAAUCAUUCACAGAAUAUCAAGAAAAGCUAACAAAAUGUAUUAAUAGAAACUAACAAAAAUUGAACACACAUAGUUGAUCGAUAAAGAAGAAAACAUCGUGUACAAGCAACAACAACAACCUUAACUAGCACUAAAGCAACAAGAAUUGAACAGUUAUAUAUGCCCCAAACUUUUAUAUCUAUUAAGGGGACAGAACAAGAAGUGCAUAGAUAGAGAAAGAACCAAAAACACAAGACCUAUUUUUCUUCCACUAAGAAUGAUCAGAUUAUAUGAACCCACAUGAGGAUAUAUUAGCUGGGUGGGUGUGCAGAGACUUAGUAAGGCGGUGGAGGGCGAUGCCAAGGUGGGGGUGGCCUGUAGGGAUCGAAAUACGGCGGCGGAGGUGGACCGGGAGGUGGUCCAUAACGCGGUGGUGGCGGACCGGGUGGUCCAUGAUGGUGAUGUGGCGGUGGAGGAGGAGGAGGAG